AUGGAGAGAAGCAAUCACACAGCGACAGAGUUCAUCCUGCUGGGCUUCACAACAGAUCCCAUGAUGCAGCUGGUCCUGUUCAUUAUGUUCCUUGGUGUGUACUCUGUGACUGUGGUAGGAAAUACCACCCUCAUAAUAUUGAUCUGUAAUGACUCCUGGCUGCACACACCCAUGUAUUUUUUCAUUGGGAACCUGUCUUUCCUGGAUCUCUGGUAUUCCUCUGUCUACACCCCAAAGAUCCUAGUCACCUGCAUCUCUGAAGACAAAAGCAUCUCCUUUGCCUGCUGUGUAGCUCAGUUCUUCUUCUCUGCUGGGCUGGGGUAUAGUGAGUGUUACCUGUUGACUGCCAUGGCUUAUGACCGAUAUGUGGCCAUUUCCAACCGCCUGCUUUAUGCUCUGGUCAUGUCAAGGAGAUUGUGCAUCUGUUUGGUUAUAUAUUCCUAUACUGGUGGUUUUGUCAAUGUAAUAAUACUUACCAGCAACACAUUCACAUUGAAUUUUUGUGGUGACAAUGACAUUGAUGACUUUUUCUGUGAUGUCCCACACCUGGUGAAGUUGGCAUGUGAUGUGAAAGAGAGCUACCAGGCUGUACUGUACUAUCUCCUGACCUCCAAGGUCACUGCCCCCACUGCGCUCAUACUGGCCUCCUACCUCUUCAUCAUUGCCGCCGUCUUGAGGAUCUGCUCCACCCAGGGUCGCCUCAAAGCCUUCUCCACAUGCUCCUCCCACUUGAUCUCUGUCACCUUGUACUACGGCUCCAUUCUCUACAUCUACUCUCGCCCAAGUUCCAGGUAUUCCCUUGAGAGGGACAAAAUGGUUUCUACAUUUUAUACUGUGCUGUUUCCCAUGUUCAACCCCAUGAUCUACUGUCUGAAGAAUACAGAUGUGAAAGGGGCUCUGAAAAAACUUUCCAGGUUAACACAAUCUGAAGUCUAA